GUGUGCAUUCGCGCCUAGAGAGAGCUAGCUCACUGCAACUCCCCAUUCCAUUUCCAUCCCAUUCGGUCCUUUACCAUCUUGUGUUUAACUGCUUUUACGCUGGGAUUUCAUCGUCACUAGCUUCUCAUCCUCUUGUUUUAAGUUCGCUACUCAAAUUCUGCCUCCGGUGUGAUCGGGGCGACCAGCCAACCUACCUUCCUCGUCUUAGCCCCAUCGACCUCGACCUGCCUGUUAGUUGGGGUCACGGAGUUCUACUCUUCACUAUAUUCGUUUAAUAUUAACAGGCUUCAGCUUUCAGAGAUGGUUGGGCUCACGUCCGCCUCCGGCCUGGUCGGCUUUCUGUCAGAGCCUGAUCCAGAGCUCAGGGUAUUUGCUUUGAAGACUCUUGACGCCGAAGUUGAUGUGCUAUGGACCGAUAUUGUGGAUUCUAUUCCUCAAAUAGAAGCGCUGUACGAAGACGAGACAUUCCCUGAACGUGAACUUGCAGCGUUAGUCGCCUCUAAAGUAUACUACCACCUGCAAGAAUAUAAUGAGAGCAUGGUUUUUGCGCUUGGUGCUGGGAAACUCUUGGAUUUGGACAAGGGUGGCGAGUUUGAACAGACCGUCAUUUCGAAAUGUGUCGACACCUUCAUCUCACUCUCUGCAAGCCGCCGGCCAGCAGCUGGGGAAGCGCCAUUGCCACUCAACACAGCUUUCCCUUCCUCCAAUGGCGCUACGAACACAUCCGCUAGCCUAACAUCCCCGAUAACUCCAUUCUCACAGUCUGCCCUCCCCUCAAAAUCACUUUUGUCGAGAGAAGAGGAACCAAGCCUGACAGCUCCUUAUCCCGAUGGCGACAGUGAAAGUGCCAAACUAGAGGAAACCCCUCUGGUUAUCAGACGGGGUGUGCAGAAACAGCUGCAGGCUGUCAUUGAGCGACUUUUCGAGCAAUGCUUCCGUCAACAACGAUAUCGCCAAGUCGUAGGAAUUGCAAUCGAGGCUAGGAAUCUAGAGGUCCUACGGACCGCAAUCCUUCGUUGCAGCGAGGCAGAGAAGAAGGAACAAGGGGAAUCAUCAAGACACGGCGAGGAGCUGAUGGAAUAUGUGUUGGAAAUCUGCAUGGGAAUCGUUCAGGAGCGAAGUUUUCGCAACGAGAUCUUGAAGCUUAUUCUAGAACUUCUCAACCAUAUUCCCUCGCCCGACUAUUUCUCCAUUGCGAAGUGUGUUGUCUAUCUUAAUGAGCAUUCUAUGGCGACCGAUAUCCUCCGACAACUAGUUGAAAAGGGCGAUGCUAGGUCAUUGGCGGUGGCGUACCAAAUAUCAUUCGAUCUUUACGACAACAGCACGCAGGAAUUCUUGAAGAAGGUUAUCGGAGAGGUCUCCGAACUUAUUCCAGCUGAGGACGACAAAGAAGAAAACGAAGCUGAGGCGACGGAAUCAGAUUCUUUGCUGCAGAACCAGUCAUCGUCUGCGAAUGAGCUACCGAAAGAAUCAAGCGAUGCUUUCAAGGCUAUUCGCGAUAUUCUGGACGGAUUCAAGACGAUUCAAUUGAAUCUCGAAUUCCUUUACCGCAGUAACAAGGCUGACAUCGCCAUACUCAAUAAAGUGCGAGACAGCCUUGAGGCUAGAAACUCCAUCUUCCACAACUCGGUUACUUUCUCAAAUGCCUUCAUGCAUGCAGGUACAACACACGACAAAUUCUUCCGUGAUAACUUGGAGUGGCUUGGAAAGGCUGUUAACUGGUCUAAGUUUACAGCCACUGCCGCGCUGGGAGUCAUUCACCGUGGCAAUCUGUCGCAAGGCAAAAAGCUUCUAGCUCCAUAUCUUCCCAAAGAACAUAUCUCCGGUGUUGGUAGUACAGGGUCUGUUUACAGCCAAGGUGGUUCUCUUUAUGCCUACGGUUUGAUCUUCGCCAAUCAUGGAGGCGAUGCCGUUGAGCUUAUCCGUGAUCAUUUUAAAAAGGCUACCGAAGAGGUGGUGCAACACGGGGCCUCUUUGGGUCUUGGGCUCGCAGCCAUAGCAUCUGGCGAUGAAGGCAUCUGGGAGGACCUCAAGCAAGUUCUGUACACCGAUUCGGCACUCAACGGUGAGGCAGUUGGUCUUGCUAUGGGUCUCGUGAUGUUGGGAACUGGCAACAUGAAGCUUCUAGAGGAAAUGGUCCAGUACGCUCAUGAAACUCAGCACGAAAAAAUUGUACGAGGUCUUGCAUUGGGUAUGGCAUUGAUCAUGUAUGGCCGACAAGAAGCUGCCGAUGAACUCAUCAACGGAUUAUUGGGUGACCCCGAUCCAUAUCUACGCUACGGAGGUAUUAUGACUAUUGCACUCGCUUACUGUGGCACGGGUAGCAACAAGGCUGUUCGCAAGCUCCUCCAUGUUGCUGUCAGUGAUGUCAAUGACGACGUUCGCCGAGUCGCUGUUAUGAGUUUAGGCUUUAUUCUUUUCCGCAAGUAUCAAAGCGUUCCCCGCAUGGUUGAACUACUCUCAGAGUCGUACAACCCGCACGUCCGUUAUGGUGCUGCUAUGGCAUUGGGUAUCUCUUGUGCUGGAACAGGACUUGAUGAAGCCAUUGACCUCCUAGAACCUAUGUUGAAAGAUCCCACAGAUUUUGUCAGGCAGGGAGCUCUGAUUUCGCUUGCCAUGGUUCUAGCCCAGCAAAACGAAACCAUGAACCCUAAGGUCGGGUCCAUCCGCAAAACCAUGAUGAAGAUUAUUAGUGAUCGCCAUGAAGAUGCUAUGGCCAAAUUCGGAUGCGCCCUCGCUUUAGGCAUCAUCGACGCAGGUGGUCGCAAUUGCACUAUCAGUCUUCAGACUCAAACCGGUAAUCUCAACAUGCCUGGUAUUGUUGGUGCCGCUGUUUUCACACAAUACUGGUACUGGUUCCCACUUGCACAUUUCCUUUCUCUCAGCUUCACGCCGACUGCGGUCAUCGGUGUGGACCAGAAGCUUGAAGUACCUGUCUUCAAGUUCCACAGCAACACGCGGCCCAGCCUCUUUGACUACCCUCCUGAGCAGCAAGUCAAGGCCGACGAGGCCCCUGAAAAGGUGAAGACUGCUGUUCUUUCAACGACAGUCCAGGCCAAGCGUCGCGCACAGCGUCGGGAGAAGCAACAACAACAACGGGAAAGCAUGGAUAUCGACCAAACACCCACGACGCCUAAGGUCUCUGGCCAACUACCAGAAAAAAUGGAAACCGACGAGGGCGCCGUCAAGGAGGGAGAGGAAGGCAAGGCGAGUGACAAAGAAGAGACUCCAGCAGAAGGCCAGAAGAAGAAGUCUGAGAAAGAGAAGAUCGGGUACGAGCUUGAGAACAUGUCCCGUGUUCUUCCUGCGCAACUAAAGUUCUUGACAUUCCCCGACCCCCGAUACGAACCUGUUAAGAGGCCUACCGGUGGUGUAGUUGUCGUCUUAGAUAAGAAGCCGGAGGAAGAACGGGAAACGAUCGAAUUACGCGCGAGCAAAGACGUUCGCCAGGCGGCCACCCCAGACACAUUGCAAGACUUGCAAGACCGCCUGCAAGCUGCUGCGGCCGGGGUCUCCGCUCUCGAGACACCUCCGCGCGGAUUCAGAGCCGUAGAAGAGGCUUCUGGAGCUGCCUUAGCGGCCGGGGUGCUCACUGCAGUCGACGAGGAUGAAGAAGGCGCAGAAGAUGCACCUGUGCCCGAUGAAUUCGGCUACGAAACGGACAAUAUGGAAGAAGACUAGACGAUCUAAUACGGGGGGAAACUGUUAGAUCGCUGCCGCAUUCUGGCAGAUGCAUAUGUCCUGUAUGUAUCACUACUGUUACUUUGUUACUCGAGUUCUCUCGCAUGUAUAAGCAUUGACGAACGCCGUUUGUCCUUUAUUUAAUUAUUUACAUC